GAUUUUGAGUGGAGUGUGGCUUUUUGGCUCAGGGGAGCCAGUGCUCCAGGGGUUGGUUGCCGUCCGAUUUAGAUCCCAUGUAAUCUUCUGACAUGGGCUAAAGUUGUGCCGCUGCUUUUAAUACAGGGGGAUUUAGAUUACUAUAAUCUCUAACGAAGGCGCGGUACAGGAUCAAAUUUGAAUAUCUGGGCCGCUAGCCCCCUGCAACAUUUAAUCCACCUUUAUUGCAGCCCAUCUGCUAGCGUCUCACCUGGGAAGGCCAUUACGAAAAUGCCCCUGUGCAAAUCAUAGGCCCAGACGCUCUUACUCCAGACCCAUCUUGUUCUUUCGAAGCUUUCGAUUCUCGCCGUUCGGCCUGAGGCUCAAGCCUGUCGCAGGUUUGAAAGGCAAAGAGCAUGUCGGAGAUGGAAACUGGGCCUUCAGGCACGAGUAGCCAAGGCCAUCAGCCCGGAGUAAUCCUCGGCCUCAUGGGUGAGGAAGGCGACGGGGAUUCAUUUUUCAGCACCAUUGAAUCAGUACGCCGAGUAGCGGGCGAAGCAACCACCAGAUCUGAGUUGAGCCCAGACCAGACGAGGUUACAGUAGAUUUCAGAAACCGCAGCAGAACUCUCGGGAGAAACUCUAGGAGCUUGCGACAAGACGAAGAGCUCCAGAUCUGGCAGCAGGAAACGAUCUGCCGAACUUCCUGCCGCUAGAUUAUCGCCAUGCUCCAAAUCUGCAUUCCAGAGAUGCGUUGAAAGAGCUGGUGACAGGGAAGGGAGGCACAUUUUUGAGCCUGUUGUUGGCACAACAUUCGACUCGAGGGAAGAAGCGUACGAUCUCUACAACCUUUUUUCCUGGGAGGUUGGGUUCGGCAUAAGAUACGGGAAAAGCAGGAGGAACGAAUCCAAGUACCAGAACAGCCAAGACAUAGUCUGUCAGUGCGCCGGGGUCUACGGAAAAGAGAACAGAUCGACUUGCAGGAAUGGAUGCCUGGCGAUGAUAAGGCUUCUGAGAACUGAGGAUCACGGAUGGUUUGUUAGCAGGUUGGUCAACGAGCACACACACCCAUUGUCUGAAAGUUGUGGAGAAAAGAAACAAUGGAACUCGCACAGUGUAAUCGACCCAUUAACUAAGGAUUUUAUUAAGAACCUGAGAUAUAAUAAUGUUAGUGCUGGUAAGAUUUUCAGCAUAGUUGGUGCGGGGGAUGGAUCCGGAAUGGGCGUUCCUUUUAGGAGGCAGACGUUGAAAUCAUUGUGCGCUAGGUUAGCGAGAGAGUCCAUCGACGACGACAUGACCAAAACAAUCCGUAUCUUGCAAGAUCUGUCUUCGAAAGACCCAAAUUUUUCAGUCAGGGUGGAAGUUGACGAGGGGAGCAGAGUCAAAACAGUCUUAUGGUGCAACGGGAAAAACAAAAUUGACUAUGCACAUUUUGGUGAUGUGCUCACGUUCGACACAACAUAUAGAACAAAUCUCUACAACAUGCCUUUUGCGUUAUUUGUGGGAGUAAAUGAGCAUUACCAGUCAACUAUUUUUGGCGGCGUCCUACUACGAGACGAGAAGAUACCGUCAUUCGAAUGGGCGUUCAGUACAUUCGUAGAACUGAUGAAUGGGAAACAUCCAGUAACAAUGCUUACAGACCAGUGCCAGUCCAUGGAAGCGGCUAUAAGAAAAACACUGCCUAUGACUCGUCAUAGGUGGUGCAAAUGCCACGUGCUUCGCGCUGCAAAAGAGAAGAUUGGUCACGUCUACAGCAAGAGAUACGGGUUCAAGAGGGAUUUCCAUGAUCUUAUUAUCAACGAGACUUCAGCUGAAAAAUUCGAGCACGGGUGGACCGAUUUGGUAGCCACAUAUGAGCUGGGUGACAACAGUUUCCUUGAAAGAAUAUACAACAAGAGGAGUAUGUGGGCAAAGCCAUAUUUCAUGGAAACAUUAUGCGCAGGCAUGACUAGCACCCAGAGAAGUGAGAGUGCCAACCAUUUACUGAAGAUGUUCAUACCGAGAUCUUCCCCGAUGCAUCUUUUCAUCCGGCAAUACAACAACAUGUUUGAGUCCAGGUUAUCUGAUGAGCAGCAACAAAUUCAUGUAUGCCGCCAAAAGAGGAGGUUGCUGAAGCAAGGAGUUCCAAUCGAGCUUGAUGCUGCUGUUGUUUACACAAAGGCUAUGUACGAGCGAUUCUCGCUUGAAUUAUUCAACUCUGGGUCUCUUGUCGUAAGCAAGGCUUUGCCAGGAUCAGUGUUCAAAGUUAGGACGGCUGAUUCAUACGUCACAUCGGAGUAUGAUGAUAAAGAAUAUACUGUCCAAAUAGAAGAGGGUGGUCGAUUCGUGCAGUGUGAUUGCGGGUUUUUUUAGCAUGUUGGGAUGUUGUGCUCGCACUCCUUGAAGGUGCUCGUCCAGAAAGAUUACCAGAAAUUGCCGGAGAAGAACAUUCUCAAGAGGUGGACCUUAUGGGCUAGGCAGACAAACAGCGAUCAUGUAGCUUGUGCCACGACCAACCUGGCUCACGCCACAUCUGAAUCGUACAGGCGCAAUGCACUAUACCUAGCUGCGAUGGACCUGUAUAAGGAAGGGCUGACAAGCGAAGACACAUUUGGAAUCGCAAUGGAGGCGAUCAACACCGCCAAUGCAGGCAUCUUGAGCAUGAAAAAAACUGAAGUACCAAGCUCGUGUACCAAGGAACCUGAAAUUUCAGUCAUGGUAGACAGAGGACAGCAAAUUUUGGCUCCCGAGAGGAAGAUAACCAAAGGGAGGACAUGCACGGUCAGACCAAAGAGUCGUAUGGACUAUGUUGUUGCUAAGAAGAUCAAGGAUGCCAAAUUAUCCAAGCUAUGUGGUCAUGGUAAAGGUGCUGACUGUGAUGAUGAUUCUUGUCAAAUCUUACCACAACCAUCCAAGACACGUCUCACGCGGUGCAGCAACUGUCGUGCCACUGGUCACAACAGGUCGAAAUGUACAAAGAAGGGCAUGUAAUUAUUUUUAUAUCUCUAGGUAUAUGUUCAGAGAGAAAUAAAUUAUGUUGCUUUGCUAUCUUCUAUGCACAUUUCCGCAAACUCUCUGUGAAUGAUCUGUCAAUUCAAUUGUUUAGUUCCCUUGGGUCAAAA